AUGAUAUACGAUCACGCGAACGAUCGCGUCGUCGUGCUCUGCUUGGUGCAAUGCUGCCGCAAGAUGUCGAACCACAUGCACAUUAACCAUCUGAAGGGCACCACUCCUGCCACGCCACCCCUCAGUGUACAUGUCCAGAAGCCACUGCAUGCCGACGACUUGACCGGUUUGAGCAGUUUGAGGCAUCGCGACUUGGUGAACGACGACCAACUCGUCGAGAUUGCGCAGACCGCUAGUGUCGUUGUACAGCGAUUUGCUUGGGACAAUCGAAAGUUGUUUUUGGGAGGCGAUGGCUUUGUGCACGCAGAAGAGUGCCAUUGA